AUGGAUGAAUUUAUUGCACCGUUGAUGUCUGUUGCCGGUGAUGCGGCAGUAUCACUGCGGGGCUUGGAGUAUGAUCUAGUUUUACGCGAUUUUCCCCGUGGCUUGUGGAAAGCGUUCUGUGUGCUGGAUCCGCUAGCCGUGGCUUGCCUGUUGGUCACGUUUUUGUUCGUCUACUGCCUUGUGGCCUCUUGGCUAACAGGUGACUAUUCCUAUGUGGAUCGUCAGUGGUCCUUGGUGCCAACAGUGUACACCCUGAUCUUUGCAUUUCACCCCAGCACACGAUCAGGAGCACCAGGGCAGGAGCGGGUGAUGAUCAUGGCUGGUCUGACUACGCUAUGGUCAGUGCGGCUGACGUUUAACUUCUGGAGACGCGGAGGGUAUUCGGGCAUGGAGGACUACCGCUGGGAGGCUUUACGUGCUCGCAUGCACCCAAUCGUCUUCCAGCUAUUCAACUUAUUCUUCAUUUCAUCGUUCCAGCAUGUGUUACUGUUCUUGAUCACGGUGCCGGCAUAUGUCAGCCGUCGAAGCGAGACACCUUUGAACAACCUGGACUACAUUGCAGCAGGUCUCUUCCUCUUCUUCUUAGUCCUAGAGACGACCGCUGACCAGCAGCAGUGGAACUUUCAGGGUAGAAAGCACACGGCGAAGCGUGAGGGAAAGCCCCUCGCAGGUGACAAUGCUCGCGGAUUUCUCACGUCCGGUCUGUUCCGCUACUCCCGGCAUCCGAACUUCUUCGCCGAGCAGUGCAUGUGGCUGUGCGUCUAUCUGUUCUCGGUGGCAGCCACUGGUCGGUACAUCAACUACUCGUGCGUCGGUGUUCUCUUGCUCAUGGCCCUGUUCCAGGGCUCGACGUCGUUCACGGAAAUGCUGACGUUGAAGCGCUAUCCGCUGUACUAUGAAUACCAGAAAGUCACCAGCCGGCUUGUCCCGUUCUUCCCGCUAGGCCGGGUGCCGGAAAAGCGGGAAUAA